AUGCAGCCUGUUGCGACCAUCUUCCACUUGGAUCUUCCACAAGCACUUGAAGAUGAAUAUAGAGGCUUUUUGAACAAAACCAUUGUGAGUGAUUUUGCGGAUUAUGCAUGGCUGUGUUUUAGACUGUUUGGUGAUAGGAUUAAGCAUUGGAUCACAAUAAAUGAGCCAUUUUCCUAUAGUGUUUUUGGAUAUGCAUAUGGUACUUUUCCUCCUAAUAGAUGUUCCGGUGACCAAAGUGCACUCCAUGGGAAUUAUGCAUUUUUCGUGAGUAGAUAUGUAAAUUCUGUAACUUCGGAUUGCAAAGAAGGAAAUUCGGGGACGGAACCUUACCUGGUUUCACAUCAUCUACUUCUUGCUCAUGCUGCAGCUGUCAAAGUCUAUAGAGGAGAGAACUUCCAGAAGUCUCAAAAAGGUCAGAUUGGCAUUACGCUUAAUGUAGAUUGGGCUGUGCCUUAUGACGAUCAGUCGGAAAAGGACCAAGACGCAGCAAAACGAGCACUGGCAUUCAUGUAUGGAUGGUUCAUGGAUCCUCUAUACAAUGGGACCUACCCAAAUGUAAUGGUGACGCAUGUAAAAGAGCGGUUACCCAAAUUCUCAAAAUCAGAAUCGGAGAUGGUAAAAGGGUCAUACGAUUUCAUCGGGAUAAAUUAUUAUACUGCUUCUUAUUCAAUCGAUCGUCCCUGUCUAUAUGGUCGUACAGGAAACUACUUGACUGAUUCUUGCGUUAAUGCCACGUUCAAUAAUGUGGGUCGACUUGGAUUACCGAGUAUUGUGCGCCUAAGAGGGCAGCGCGCUUUUGGGAUGCGAAAGAGCUCUUAUCGCCCCCAGCUCCCCAACCUAAUGCAGCCCCGGGUUCAGACCGCAUAG